AACUUCGCUUUUGAUAUAUAUAGCACACAGAAGAAAACUUGUUCUACAGGUUUUAGUUAUAAAUAGAUCGAUCCGGUAGGACAGCUCAUGUAAACACAACACCGUGUCGGCACACCUGAAAACAUGGGCUACAAAAGCGGUUCAGGAUUGCCAGUGAAGGAGAUCGUGUUUGGGAUUUCCAACACAAUAUUUCUGUUGAUGGGCCUGGCAGUAUUCAUUGUGGGCGUUUACCUGAAGGUCUCACGAUCCGUGUAUACUGAACUCCUGGACAGCCGUGAAUUCGAGACGGGCACCGCCUUAUGUGUGUCCGCAGGAAUCAUUGUUGUGGUGGUCUCCUUAAUAGGAUUCUGGGGGCUAUGGAUGAAGAGUAAAUUCAUUCUCAGUUUGUACUUUUUCUCGGUCCUUAUUAUCUUCUGUCUAGAGAUUGCUGCAGGAAUUAUCGCAUACAUUUACAGAAACAAAAUAGAGGAGAUAAUUGAGGAGGAUUUGAGGACCGGGCUAAAAGACACAAAGAGGAGAAUAGCCUGGGACACAGUGCAAGAAAAGUAUGAAUGCUGUGGAGUUCAUAAUUACACGGAUUGGAUGGGCGUCUACGAUGUAAAUGUUCCCUCUUCUAUUCCGGACUCCUGUUGUGGAUAUCCAGAUUGUGGGGAGUCUGGAUCAAUGGCUGCCUGGAGGAUUGGUUGUGUUGAAGAUGCCAAGGACUGGCUGAAGGAGAACUACUUACUCCUGGGACUUGUGUGUGUGGUGAUCGGGGCCAUUCAUGUUUUGUUGUUGAUUGUGACAGCAGCUCUAAUUAUUCUCCUGAGGUUGAAUGGCUGAGUGUGGAGACGUGGUGUUGUUUUAUUGACAUUUAGGGAUCGAUUUAAUGGUGCACCUUAAUAUGUAAACUAAAACCAAGAAGAGCCGAAUUUAGGAACUCUUUGGUGCACAGUAUAAGUGCUGAGCCAAAUUUGAAUACACAAUGAGUGAAUUAUACCGGUAGAUAGAAGUAUCAUAUCCUAUACUGAGCAUUUGAAAUAAAAUGCUUUCAAUGAAUCUCAAACUCUUGAACUGGAUAUUCAUUUACAUGCAAGAUAUUUUUGCAAAACUUGCAUAUAUUGUACAUGUGGAAGAUCAACACUUGUGAAUCAAAAAGUGUUUUCUUUUGUUUAUUCAAUAUUGUGUUUGCCUAAACACCUUUGAUAGAUUUUGGAAGUUUAAAAAACACUUUAUCGCUACCUUUUUCUAGGUUUUAUUUUUUUCCAUGGAAGUAAUGUAACUGAUGUAUGAAAAGUUCACAUCAAUGUAUGAUAGGGACUGGAGAACUUACUUUUUACAGUUGUUUUUAUAGUGUAGCCUUUUACACAACUUGGAAUAAUAUUUUGUGUUGCCUAAAUUUAUGUGUAUAUUAUGAUAUAUGACAAAUGAUAAAUUUAUAUUUUGCAUAAUAAAAGCUGAUUUGAUA